GAGUGCGUCAAGGGGACCCCAUCUCCCCUUAUCUUUUUGUUCUAUGUAUGAAUAGACUGGCACAACUGAUAUGCGCGUCAGUCGAGGCACAUGAGUGGAGACCAAUCUCCGUCGGGAGAGGGGCGGUCCAGGUCCCGUUUUUAAUGUUCGCUGAUGAUUUGCUAUUAUUUACAGAGGCAUCUGAUGACCAAGCCGUAGCCCUUACACGGAUUCUUUGUCAGUUUAGCUCUAU